UUUGUGUUUUUAGUUGAUUCGGAGCACUGUGGCAGUAAAAUUGUUAUUUAUAUUGCUUUUGCAUGUUUUUCACAUUUUGCAAACUUUGAUUUUAUCACAUUGAUAACGAAUUUUAGUGCCGUGUAUCCUUUAUUAAUCAAACAAAAUCGCGUACAUUAAUACAGCGGGACCUUGAAAAUCACUGGCAUCAUGUAAAAGGGUAAUUUUGGCAUUUAGGAGUAUACAACAUAGUGUAUUGAUUUGAAUUGCUCAGUUUCUUAGGAGAUUUAUUAAGUAAACACAAUUACAAAAUGUCUGGAGCAGUGUAUCAACCCACCACAGUCCAGUAUGAGUCAAAUGGACCCCCGGAUCGUUGGCAAAACAGGCCAAUAUCAUAUCUGGGUUCAAUAACACAAACUGCAAGACGACCAUGUAUUACUUGUAUGCCCUCCCGCAAUGUCCUUCCUUUAGUGUUGAUCACUUCUUGUAUAGCAUGUUUUUCUCUCGGGUUAGUAAUGCUUAUAAACGGAGCCAUAGGCUACUCAGAGACGUCAGAAAGCAGAGGAGACUUGUACCUGAUCGUAACCAUUUUUGGAGCUUUUUUUUUCGCCCUUUCGAUUUUUCUCUUUUUAUUCUUCAUGAGAAUAACCAGGAGGAUGUGCUGGAGGACAGCGAAAGACCACAUGGGGACAUCAGGCGGACAUCAAAACCUAACGGUGAAUCCUUCGACGGAUUUGUUAGUUACGGCACAGUACGCGCCGGUGUCAGAAGUCGUUUAUGAACCCUCUAAGUUAGAGGAGUCCGAGCAGAGCAAACUUAUGCCAUUGGAACAUAAAGAAAUCAGCAAUGAAGAUGCUGAUAGAUUGGUGGAGAACGACCCAAGGAUCGUCCUACGUCCCUUAAAUGCCGCCGUAAAUGAGGAAGCUUAAUUUUUGUUUUGCGGCUGUUUACUUAAGACAUUCUUUGUAAAAGUAUUAUUAUGACUCUUACACUUUUUUGCAUAAAUUAGGGAUUAACUAAAGUUUUUUUAUGGCCAGGUAUAUAACUUGCCAACGUUGGUCUGUUAUAACGCUUGUUUUGAUAGAAAGUAGGGUAGAUAGCAAAAAAAAUCAAAUUCUUAAAUAAGGAUAACUGCAACUCACUCGAAUUAGAGAAUCUCUUAUUCCUGAAGCUUUGUAGAGGUGUUUUGUCAAUUUUUGGUGUUUUUAUAUGCUUAUUGUAGAUCCAAAUUCAUAGAUCUAUUUUCAUACAUCCAUAAACUAUUUAAUAUUAUCAUUGUUAGAACUUAGUUAUUGUAUUAACUAAUAUACUUAAUUUCCUUAAAGUGAAAAACAAAAAAAAUGCUGAAUUAAUUAAAUUAAUAUUAAGUCUGGGUUGUUGAAUAUUACUCUGUGAUCUCCUCAUCAUGCUUUAAACUGAUGAAAACAUUCCAGUAAUUUAAGUUGGGUUUUGUUAAGUUUAGCUUAAGAAGCUUCUAUGAUUUAAGUUUUUACAUUUUAUAUACCAGCAGUCUUUAUAUUGUAACAAUUAAAUUAAAAACUUACUUUAGGA